GCCAAUUCCUAAUCAACCGUCUCUCUUUCCUUUCCCCUCUCUCUGUCUCGGUCUCGGUCUCCCAAAGCCUCCGUGUCAAAUUCCGCGUUUUCCCUUAAAACAACACUAAAACAGCGAGUCAGCGACGAAAGCACGACAAACCUUUCGAAUCUCUCUUUCUCUCCCUCUUCCCAAGCUCGCUCUCUGCGGCAUUCCCUUUCGAUUUUCCCCCGGUUCUGUGAUUAAACCCAAUUUUCUGCUUGAAGCUUCCGCCUCCGCCAUUUAAUCCUUCCGCUGAUCCUGAUCUGCCGCCAAUCUCUAAUUUCCCCCUUUCCUGAUCGGAGUUCGGAAGUGGGUUUUGUUGGGUUUCCUUACUACUUCUCUGGGUUCUUUCUUUAAUUGUUCGAAAUUCCCGGGAGGAGUUGGCAAAGAGGGGAAACACAUAGAGAGAUUUCUGGGUUACGUGUGUUCGUUGAGGGGAGAGCAAGCGAUGUUGACCCUAUGGAACUAGUGGUUACGCACCAACAACACCCAAGAAGACAACCAGAAGAGCAAGGUAAUAAUAACAUAUAGCACUAGCAGAGCACCAUCAGCAUUAGUAGAAGAAGUAAAAUCACGAUGACGCUUUACAUUGGCCGGGAAGCUUCAAAGCUAUGGAAGAGAGUUUGUGCAGAGACGAGUACAGAGAUAAAUCUUCUAGCAGAGAAUUGGAGAUAUAUUCUUGCAGGCUUGAUUUGUCAGUACAUUCAUGGUUUGGGUGCAAAGGGCAUUCAUUAUUUCCACCGCCCCGGACCGAUUUUGCAAGAUGUUGGGUUUUACCUUCUUCCAGAGCUUGGCCAAGAUAAAGGGCACAUUAGUGAGAUGCUGUUCACCUGUGUCUUUCUAUCAUUUAUUUUGUGGACAUUCCAUCCUUUCAUCUUCAAGGUCAAGAAGAUUUACACAGUUCUAUUGUGGUGCAGGGUUCUAGCAUUUCUAUCUGCCUCCCAAUUUCUUCGGGUCAUUACGUUCUACUCCACGCAACUUCCCGGUCCAAAUUAUCAUUGCCGCGAGGGCUCAAAACUUGCCAGAUUACCACGUCCUCAGAGUGUACUUGAAGUUCUCUUGAUUAACUUUCCUAAGGGUGUCAUGUUUGGUUGUGGCGAUUUGAUUUUCUCAUCACACAUGAUCUUCACUUUGGUAUUUGUCCUGAGCUAUCAGAAAUAUGGAUCCCAUAGAUGGAUAAAGAACUUAGGUUGGCUUGUUGCCGUGGUUCAGAGCUUUUUGAUCAUUGCAUCUCGGAAGCACUACACAGUUGAUGUUGUGGUUGCAUGGUACACCGUCAAUUUGGUGGUAUUUUUCGUGGACAAGAAAUUACCCGAACUCCCUGACCGGACGGGUGGAGCUGCAGCAUUGUUGCUACCUUUGACUACAAAAGACAAGGAUGAAAAGAACAAAGAAGAGAAUCACAAGCUGUUGAAUGGCAACUCAGUUGACGAUUGGCGGCUGAGAAGCCAAGUGAAUGGCAAGACCAUGGAAGAUACAAAUGGUAUCGCUCCUAACACGAACGCUAUGAACGGUGCAUAGGAAGACGAACGCAAUGACUGAAGCUCUUCUGCCAGUCAGAGAAAUUGCUCUGCUGCCUUAAUGGACUACUAUGGACUGGAUCCGCUUUAUUCAGCAUCAUAAGGAGAGUUGCAAAAGUGGUGUUACUCUAGAGAAAGAAGAAUAUGAGUAGCCUUAUAUAACUUAACGCUUUAGCCGUCCUCUCCUCUCCGUUGUUGUGUGGUACUGAAAAAAAAAAAGAGAGUUCCAGCAACACUUGGUAGCAAAAUCAUCAGUGGUCAUCUUGUUUUAGUGUAAUGAAAAAUUUUCCCUGUUGUUUCUUCUUCUACUUUUGUUCUUUCAUUUUAUUUAUUAAUCAUAUUCUAUCAUUGAACAGUGAAACGUACCUCUCUUCCGUGAAUUCAAGUAUGAGGGAAGGAAAGAGACGCGAACAAAGAGUUGAGAUUUUG